UAUGACUACGAACAUAAGUUGUCUUAACUUCUAUAAGGGAAAAUCUUUAUUAAUAUCUGGUUGUACAGGCUUUGUAGCUAAAGUUAUAUUGGAGAAAAUUUUAAGAGUUUUGGAAGUUAAGAGAGUUUAUGUGUUAGUGAGAGCUAAGAAAGGUCAAUCAGUGACAGAGAGAUUCAAUAAAGAGAUAAUCAAUUCUUAAUGUUUUGAUAGGAUUCGUAAACAAAAAGGAGCAGAUUUUCAAAAAUUUAUUGAAGAAGUUGUAAAACCUGUAGAUGGAGAUCUAAUUAAACCUCAUUUAGGACUUAAUAAAGAAAUUACAUAAGAGCUUAUAGAAAAUGUCAAUAUUAUCAUAAAUAGUGCUGCCAGUGUUGAUUUCAAUUCUCCAAUUAAAGUUGCCUUGGAAAUAAAUUAUUAUGGAGUUCAAAAAGUGUUAGAGUUAGCUAAGCAAUGUAAACAUUUAGAAAAUUUCAUUCAUGUAUCCACUGCCUAUGUUAAUAGUGAUAAAUUUGGGUAUAAUUUAUUGUUGAUUUACUAAGAUUCAUUGAGGAAAAGAUCUAUCAUCCAUAAAAAGACGUUGAAUCCUUCGUUUCAAUGUUAUAUAGAUCAUCUUAAAAUUUUGAUGAAAAAUAAUAAAAAUUGGCAUUAGACAAAUUUCCAAAUACAUAUACAUUUACAAAGAACUUGGCUGAAUAGAUGUUAGCAUAGUUAAGACCUCCGAAUAUGUAAAUUACUAUCAUCAGACCAACAAUAGUUGGAUGUUCAUUUAGAGAUCCUAUUCCUGGUUGGGUAAUAUCGAUUGUUAUAAAAAGAUUGAUAAUUUGGUUGGUGGUGCAGCAGUGAUCUUUUUUGCAGGGAUUGGUUUAGUGAAAAUAUAUAAAGGGAAAGAGAAUUUAAUAACAGAUUAAGUUCCUGUUGAUUUUGUAUCUGAUAUGACAUUGGUUGCAGGUGCAUAUGAAGCAAAUAAAAAUAAUUACUAAAUAUAUCAUUGUGGUACUAGUGCUAGAAAUCCUGCUCCAUGGAAAAUGACUAAAGAUACUUGUGUGGAAUAUUGGAAUGCAAAUCCACCAAGUGUAAAAGUUUCACCAUGUACCAUAGAGAUUAAUAAUAAUCUAUGUUAUUAUAGAUAUAUGAAUUUCAAAAGAAAAAUGGGUGCAAUGGCUUUAAAGACUUUUGCUGAUACAUUUGGAAAUCCAUCUUAAAAGAAAAAUGCUGAUCGUUAUCUUAAGGUAAUUGAUAAGGCUGAUACAAUUAAUAAGACUUUUAAACAUUUUAAUAGAAAUGAAUGGGUAUUUUCUUAAGAAAAUGUAUUAUAAUUAAUGAAUUGUUUAUCAAGAGAUGAAUAGGGAAUAUUUUUAUUAGAUGUGACUGAAAUGGAAUGGAGGUAUAAAUUAUAUAAUAAAAAAAUAUUAGAUCAUAUAUGAUGACAUUUCAUUAUGGACUUUAAAAAUUCAUAUUGAAAGAAAAUGUAUAACCACCUGUAGAUGAAGAACCAACUGAUUUAUUAAGAUCUUGGAAGAGUGGAAAUUUUACUGAUUUAAAAUGGAUUGUAGAAAAAUAAAAACUUCCAGUAGAGAAUAAAAAUUAUACAAUGAAUGGUUUAUUUAAUAGAUAGAAAGCUAAAUUAUGAA